AUGGGGCUCUUUGAACACAUCUGGUAUUUCCUUGGAGCACUUUAUCUGGAGCGGAGGAACUUCGACUGUACUGCCACAACAUUCAUGGAUGAAGGGACGACUGAGGCGGAUGAUGCGCUGUAUUGUCCAUCAAUGGCGCAGCUUGUUGUAUUCAUUGCUCUCACCAAGUUUGUCAAGCUGGUUGGCCAUUAUCAUCGGCAUCCUUGGGAUCUUUUCCUGUCGCCUGUCUCCAUCCUCUUUGGCUACCUCCACAGUUUGAUAAAGACAUACUCCCUAUUCACCCUUAAGGCCACAUGGGGCAAUCGAGAGGGUGCUGACACCCUGAUGAUCUCACUAUGUUCUUCUGGAGACCAUUCGGACUGCUUGCGGGCCGGAACUUGGGAUGCAUUGUUCUGGAUGUCAGGUGCCAUUGGUCGCAUCACAAAGCUCAGAGAGAUAAAAAUGGUGCCUACACACAGAGCGGAAAUUCCUGACAUCUACACUGCUACAACUUCUACGACACCACUCUCCCUUAUACAAUACAUUUAUUUCAUUGAGACAGGCAUGUCGGAACCCGCCCCAAACAUAGUCAGACUGACUAGUGACGUGACUGAGAUACUGGGCCUCGGGGUCAUUUCUUUCUGGCUGAGUGAUUAUGAACUCGAUAAUGAUGACGAUAAGUACAACGCGAUUCUUGAGGAGGUCGAUGGGCGGCUGUUUGGUGAUGACUGCCUGUUUGUGGGGAUAUACAUGCCUUCGAUUAUGCCAACACCAGCUUAUGUUCAUGACUACGAUACGCCUGAUAUCUGGGAUACUGGCCGUGCGGUCAUAGCGAGAUACAGGCGCGUGGAUGGUGGCUUGGAAAUUGUGAGAGAUGCGGCAGGGGCGAAGAUCGUGGACCUGUUUGUCUUGCCCUGGAGUCGCCAGGAACGAGUCGCCAAGGAACGCCUGAUGGAGAGACACACACUCGCGCCAGUUCUCUGCAUUGGUGAUUGGCGGUUGGUGCGCUUCAUGCAAAGAUUUCAUGAGGACAUGGCAGGCCGCCAGCUGGGGCUUUUGGCAAUAUGGCAGCAGGUGGAACGUGCACUGGACGUGAAGGAGGAUAUGUGGAUACAUGACUGA